UAUAAAUGUAUAACCAAUCUUGAAUCGAAUAAACAAAUUCCUAAAUUUCCCCAAAAAAAAAACAUUCUCAGAGCGAUGAAACUUCUUAACAACGUUGCAAUCUUUGUUCUUCUCAUUCUAUCCGUCUCAGUAAUUUCCGAUGCUGUGAAGAAAGAUGUUCUUGUCGGUGGGUAUACUCCAAUCAAAGACAUAAAAGACCCACACGUGGCAGAGAUCGCGCAAUUCGCGGUAACAGAGUACGGUAAACAAUCUGGUACGAAACUGAUUCUUGUUAAAGUGAUUAAAGGUGAGACACAAGUUGUUUCUGGUACAAAUUAUCGUCUUGUUUUGGCUGCUAAAGAUAAAUCUGUUACUAAGAAUUAUGAAGCUAUUGUUUGGGAAAAACCAUGGCUUCAUUUCAGGAAUCUUACUUCGUUUAAACCUCUUUAAUUGAUUUUGUUAUGUUAAUGUUAUCAUUGUAAAAGUAUUAUUAUAAUUUGUGUUUAUGUGUAUUUUGGAUUAAGGAUUAUUAUAAUAAGGUUUUGAUUUAGCUAGAUGAAGCUAAAUCUAUGACCGAUGAUGUAUAUAGUAUAUUUGUGUGUGUUUAGUUCUUCUUUUCUGGGCAUUUGGGGUUUUCUUCACUGUGUUGUUAAUCGUGAUGUCAAGUUGCAGGUUUCUUAAUUAAUGUACUUCCUCCGUCCCAUUUUAUAAAUAUAAAUAUUAGUAUAUAAGAUUUUAUUUUGA